GGCGACUCCAAGCACUGAUGCGCAAGCAUCCGGUCUGGCCGAUGGAAUGGCCCCCGCUCACACUUACAUCCCCAACCAAGGGUAUGUGAACGCUGAUGGCAGUCUCCCCGCUAUGGCGGGGCAAGAUCCUGAAGCGCAGAACGGCGGCGAGGGCGACGAGGAGGACGAGUACUACGACGACAUUUUUGGAGAAGAGGAAGAGGAAGACGAGGGCCUCGACGAAGAAGACUUCAACUCCUCCAACCCGGCGGAUCUCACAAAAGCCUACAACCGACAACGCAAGGUCAACGAGCUGGCCGCCGAUUCCAGCGUCCCCAAGUGGACCUACCCGAAGACGAACACGCAGAAACCGACCGUCAACACACACGCCUUGGUCGACGACCAGAUCAAGUCCCUGACGAAACACGCCGGCAAGAUCAAGUUGGACGCCAUGCAGUCGGGCGUGGCCGCCCGCGGGGACCGCGGUGGCGACCGGGCCGACCGCGCGACCUCCGAACAAGUGCUGGACCCCCGGACACGAAUGAUUCUGCUGCAGAUGAUCAAUCGCGAGAUCGUCUCGGAGAUCCACGGGUGCUUGUCGACCGGUAAAGAGGCCAACGUCUACUACUCGAUCUCCUACCCGAACGCCGACGACCUCACCCCCGUGCACCGCGCCAUCAAGGUCUACAAGACGAGUAUCCUGGUGUUCAAGGACCGCGACAAGUACGUGACGGGCGAGUUCCGCUUCCGCGGCGGCUACAGCAAGAGCAACAACCGGGCGAUGGUGAAACUGUGGGCGGAGAAGGAGAUGCGCAACCUGCGCCGCAUCCACGCCGCGGGCAUCCCCUGCCCGGAGCCCAUCCACCUGCGCCUGCACGUUCUGGUGAUGGGCUUCCUGGGCAACUCCAAGGGUGUUGCCGCCCCGCGCCUUAAGGACGUCGAGUUCGACAUCCCGGACCCGGACGCCAAGUGGCGCGAGAUCUACUACGAGCUGCUCGGCUACAUGCGCGUCAUGUACCAGACCUGCCACCUGGUCCACGCCGAUCUGAGCGAGUACAACAUGCUCUACCACAAGAACCGGCUCCAUAUCAUCGACGUCAGUCAGUCCGUCGAGCAUGAGCACCCCCGCAGUCUCGAGUUUCUGCGCAUGGACAUCAAGAACGUCAGCGACUUCUUCCGCCGCAAGAACGUUGACGUCCUCCCCGAGCGCACCGUCUUCGAGUUCGUCAUCGCCGAGGACAGCGGCCCCACCGUCCCCACGCCCGUCGAGCCCAUGCUCGCCGCCAUCGACCACCUGUACGCCACUCGCGGCGAGAAGGGCGAUGAGGUCGACACCGCCGUCUUCCGCCAGCAGUACAUCCCCCAGACCCUGGAGCAAGUGUAUGACUUCGAGCGCGACGCCGAGCAGGUCCGCGCCGGCAAGGGCGCCGACCUCGUGUACCGGGACCUUCUCGCAGGCGGGAAGAAGUCCGCCGCCAUCGAGGACAACGACGAGGCCAGCGACGCCGGCUCCGAUGCCAGCGGUGGCGUCUCGGUUGAGGGAUCCGAGUCCGGGGAAGGCGAGGAGGUCGACCCGUUCGCGCCCAAGCCGCCCCGUGGGAAGCGCUUCGAGGACAAGGACGAGAAGCGCGACCACAAGCUGAAGGUCAAGGAGGAGAAGCGGGAAAAGCGCGCCAACAAGAUGCCCAAGCACAUGAAGAAGCGCUUGGUAUCGGGUUCCUCGCGCAAGAAGAAAUGAUCAACUCUCGUUUCUUAAAACCACUCUCAUAUCGUUCUGGGUUGGGAAGUCAACUCACCACUGGCUCUGGGAAAACGGAAAAAAAGUCAUUUUGCUUACGCACGAUCUCAUGAUAUAUACUUUAUGACUCCGGGUUUUGUCUUGUCUUGUUUGGGUAGUAAUGGUUGGUUGUUGUCUAGGUCUAUAGAUCACUUGGGAGUAAAUAGAUACGCAUACGUAGAAAGCGUUCGGAAAUGUGAAUAGGACUUUGGGAUUCUACAUGAACACAAAUCUGAAGAUAU